AGUUCAGGAGUCGCCCGCUCUCUAGAAGAUGGCUCCACGGGGCCAAAUCGAUGGCCCAUCCCAUUGUAGCCGUGCCCUAUUAUAUACACGCACACUACUACUCUCCCAUGCUGGUGGCGCAGAUUCCAACACGCCCCCUCGACCUAGCCACUGCUGCGUCUAUCCCAUUGUGGGCCACAUGCCUGUACCGCACUCCCUGUCCCCAGGGAUGCCGAUCUCCGUUUCAUGUGCUUCCCUGCCCGCCUCGGUCCGUACGCCAGUCCCAGCACCCCCUGAUCUUGAGUCCCAGUCUCCGUACCAUACGCAUCCCAUACGUGCUCAUUUUCGGUGACUUCCUAUAGCGCCCCCAUGCGCUCGUCGCUCGCUCGAUCUGCACGCCAAUCUCGACGCCCCUUGGAUUUGGGUCUCGGUCUCCGUUCCGUGCGCGCUCCAUGCAAGCGCCUCACUCAGCUUUUCUUCGGUGCUCUGCGUGCUGUGGCUGUGCAGCUUUGUUGGACUGCUGGCCUGUCUCACUCGGCAUCCGCUCAGCCUGCCCUUUGACGCCCUGCUCCGCCCUCACCUCGCUGGUAGACCCACCUCAUGCAGUGCCCGCCCCCUGCACCUGGUGUCUUGUAUCACCGCAGCGGUGCCCCGCAGUCAACCCUCUGGCCCUCACCCUCCUGCCCUCGAUCUCCUGAUC